AUGAACGACCAGCGCGAACAGCGUCGACGCUUUGGCGCACGAUACCAUUCAUCCACCGCGUCUGAACAGCGCAACAGCGGCUGUUUCAACCUCCGGUACCCAAACACACUCGAGCUCUCGACCGUCGCGUCCGAGCACCACCGACGGGGCCGGCGAUCCGCCUCCACUAGUGGGUACACUCGUUGUUGGGACGACCCGUACGGACAGCAGUUUGACUUCAGCCGCGAUGGACAGCACGAGGACACGACGCCGUACGCACCCAAGUACACGUCCAGUCGUCCAAAAGCCAGUGGACAGACCAUUCGGGCCCCGGGGUCUUCGAUCGUCACGACACCGUCGACUCCUUCGGAUCUGGUGGACCACGUACUUGUCAAAAACUUCUUGCCACCUAAGACCCACAGCGAGUUCCUGACCAAGUUGACCAAGCAGAACACCAUAUCGAACCGAGGCCCUGGGUUACAGUCCAAGGCUUUCGCGUACUCGUCGCUAGAAGCUGCGAGUGCACCGAUUUUGAUGAGCAAGGCCGGUUCUAGGGUAGCUGCAGGCUCGAGUCAGGGGGUGCCUGCGCGGGCAAAAGAGAGUGUGAUGAAGGGGCCACGAGUGGCAAUGGGUUCGGCGGAAAAGAAGGCGAAAAGUGGGCGAGAUGCAUGCAACAGCUCGUCGCCGGUGAUUAGUCCUUACGCUUUGCGAGAUAGGUCAAAGCUGAAUCCGUUCCAUUGCUCGCCCACGUCGUUGCUGUCAGCGUCGCUGUCGAGUCAGGGCUUGGCGACGAUGAAGAAACGCAAGUUGAACAGCGAAGGAUCAGCAUCGAAGCCGAUUGCGUUGGACUCGGACUCGGAGUCGGAAGCGGUGCUGCACUUUGAGUGCGCCAGUAACAGCGUAGAAACGGCUGGGGACGUGGUGAAAAACGACGAUGCGAGGACUGAUGUGGCGGACAACUCAGCAGAGGCUGUUGCUGACCCGGAGGAUAUCGCGUCACAGGCUGUGGCGCGAAUAAUUGAUUGUGACGCGGCGAUUGGAUUGUUCCAGGUUACGGUCGACUUGUACUUCCAGAGUGACCGGAUGUGCAUGCGGAACAUUCGAGGGAAGUAUGAAGCGUGGCCUUUUGAGCAACACUACGUACUGGAACUCGAACACUUACACGAUGUUAGAUCGCACAAUGUGUCAAUGGAGACCGCGGCGGAUGCACAAGUCACUGUCGACGAGACUGACAGAACGAGCCAUUUGCAGGAAGAAGCGUCGUAUAUCGCUUUGAAAUUGCCGCCGCUUGAUCAUGCUGCGGCGAAAGACUUCUACGAUCCCACCAGCUCCGAUGUCUCAAGAGGAUAUGUGAUUUUCUGUCCAAUGGAGACUGCGUCGGGAAAUAGUCUUGGCAAUGUCAUUGGUAUUCUACGAGGUCACGCCGACAUACAAAUGAUAGACGAUAAGGAACAUGCAAAGGGGUAUCUUCGAGCUCUGGUACAUCAACCCUUCAGUUAUAAGCCAAGUCAGCUUCGUCGAAGACGGAAUAGCACUGGUGAAAUAGUCGGCACACCGGAGUCGGACGAAGAAUGCAUUGGUGACAGCAUUACUGUCCUGACGUAUCCACUACCACCCUGCACGACUGAUGUCGUCACAAUCGUCCGCCGUGAUGUGUCGCGGCUGAACCCCGGGCGAUACCUGAAUGAUAACAUUAUCGAUUAUUACUUCAAACGUAUGAUGCUUGAGACCUUCCGAGACCACGAACUCGUUCAGGAAAAGGUGCUGUUUCUGAGCUCACAUUUCUACUCCAGAUUGCGAGCUGGAAAAGGCUCUACAGCAGGAGCACGUAUCGAGUCUGGGUACAAGAACGUGUCGACGUGGCUGUCACGCUCGAGCUUAUUCACUCGCUCUAUCAUAUUUAUUCCAAUCAACAAAGACGUGCAUUGGAGUCUUGCCGUUAUUUUGAACCCUGGCAUCGCAGGAGCUGAGCCAAGUAAUGAGGAAGCCUUCUCAUGCAUCGCAGUGCUGGACCCGCUCGGAUCGUAUCACCGCAAAGCAGCUAUCAUCCGGAAUCUAAGAGCCUUUUUGCGAAUGCAGUGGGCAAACUCGGAAGAGCGGUCGAGCGAACCUGAAGCACAGUCAGUGCCGGAGUACGGUGUUGAUCGCGUGCUGACGCUGAGCGUGGAGACGCCACUUCAAGCAAACAGCUACGACUGUGGGGUUUACGUGCUGAAGUUUGCUGAGGUGAUGCUGAAAAAGUGUUUGGAUCUCGGUUUGCUGGCUCAGAACGAGGGCGUGAUCUGCAAGGACGUUACUGAUAAGCACCUCGAGGCAUUGAUUACAUCCAGUGCAUUCACUGCUGAGGACAUUACUGCGACACGGAAGCAGAUCCAGCGGUACAUUGAAGUUGACACGAGGGCGUAUCUAUUGCGCAAGGACAAGACGUCUGCGGAAGAAGUACGAUAUUAA